AUGUGGAGGCGCUUCGCGGCGGAGUUCUCCGCGCAGACCUCGCUGCACGGCUGCCGGCAGGUCGCCAAAGCCGGCACCAGCGCUGCCGGCAGGCUGUAUUGGGUGGCUGUUAUUUUCUGCUGUUCGGCAUUCUGCGCGUUGUUCGUUUAUAACAUUUGGACCGAAUAUGAAGACAGCCCGACUUCGACAACCAUAGAAAUGACCAAUUACCCUCUGUACCGCAUACCUUUCCCAGCAGUUACCAUCUGCCCAUACACUAAAAUUCGCAGAACAGUGGGAGAGAAGAUUCUUGCAAGGUACUUGAAUGUGUCAGUGUUGAAUGAAACGCUACGUGAACAGUUACGGCUUGUUAUGGAAGCUUUAUCUCUCCAAGAGUUUCCGCCGAGCAGAGCAGCAAUGGAAACGUUCGAAAACAUAAAGGUGUUUGCUAGGCUCUUCCAUAAUCUCAACACCACCCGUUUCAUGCUCGAUGUCCUUCCAAGAGUGGAAGAUAUAUUCGCAGUUUGCUACUGGCAAGGUUACAGGACAAACUGCUCCAAUAUAUUUUCCCUUCAACGAACCGAUACGGGAUUUUGCUACAGCUUCAACUCCUUGACAUCAGAAAAAACACGGCACUGCCCUACACUGAUCGAGUACAAAGUACCCACAACCGUGGAGCAGCUGCAAGACCCUUGCACAGUGAGGCGCAACAUCGCAUCUGGUCCUACAACGGGUCUCGAGUUGUUUCUCAAAGGAUUACCCCCGGAAGAUACUCUUGACGGCAGGCUAGAACCAUCCAUAGCAAGGGUGUCGGUGCAGCCGGUGACGGAGGUGCCCGAGUUGCGGCGUGGCCUUUGGCUGCGCCGCGGCGGCGCCCCGCUGGCCGCACUGCCGGCGCCCCGCCGCCGCUGCCACCUGGCGGGCGAUCAGCGCGCGCGCCGCUGGCUGGCCGCCGCCUACUCGCAGGCCGCCUGCCGUGGCUCCUGCCGCCUGCAGCGCGCCCUCCGCCUCUGCCGCUGCACGCCAUACUUCUUCAACUACGUGCCCGGGCUGCUGCAGGGCAGCGGCGACUCCUCCGCGUGCCCGCAGUGCCUGCCCGCCUGCGCCUCCUACUCGUAUAGCGUGAGCGCCGUCGAGGAGGACAACACGCACCGCAACCAGCGCGACGGCUACCUCGACCUGCACUACGCCGACGUGGGCGCCGUCAUGUACCGCCGAGACCUCACCUUCGGCACCUCCGAGUUCGUCGUCUUCCGCCAGGCGGAAGAAGAGGAGGGUGCGUCGCAGGACGACCGCAUCGCCGAGGAAACCCGAUGA